UUAACCCUCCCCCUCCCGGCUGACGCUACUGAGCGCUGCUGCUGAGUCUCUGGAGGCGUUUCAGACGCAGUAGCGGCGGCAGCAGACAGAGGGCACCCCCGGCCGAGACUCCGCCACUUCCCUGUGUGAGAGUGAGAGCGGGACAUGAUGCGUCUCCCCAGCCAGCGGCGCAGGAGCAGCUGAACGACAGCCCGGGAUUAUUAUCCUGCAGACUUUGCACUGGAGGCGCAGGAUGGCGGAGGCGCAGGAGUUUACGGCACAAUUACGCACUGACCUUCCCAAGUGACUGAACCAGCGGGAGAGGAGGGAGGGGGGUCGCCGUCACUUUGGAUUUUAGGGUGGGUGUGGGGGGAUCCCCUUAAACCAUGGAAGGAAUUGGAGCAGCUGUGAGCCCCGGGGAGAGUUGCAACAAGGAGUCGGAGCGACAGCUGAGGCUGAGACUGUGUGUCCUGAAUGAGACCCUCAAUACUGAGAGAGAUUAUGUGGGGACCCUGCGCUUCCUCCAGUCUGCUUUUUUGCACAGAAUUCGGCAGAAUGCCAUCGACAAGGCCGAGAAUUGUAUCUCAGAGGAAAAUGUUAAGAUUCUGUUCUCCAAUAUUGAAGACAUCCUGGAGGUCCACAAGGAAUUCUUGGAAGCCCUGGAGAGCAGUCUUCAGCCAGAACCUCAAACACACCACAAACUUGGACACAUUUUCUUGAAAUUUAAAGACCGUUUCUGCGUCUACGAAGAAUAUUGCAGCAAUCACGAGAAAGCUCUGCGGCUCCUCAUGGAGCUGAACAAGAUCCCAAACGUCCGAGCGUUUCUACUGAGCUGCAUGUUGCUGGGGGGCAGGAAGACCACUGACAUCCCUUUAGAAGGAUAUUUGCUGACCCCAAUUCAAAGAAUCUGCAAAUAUCCCCUUCUUCUCAAGGAGCUGGCAAAGAGAACUCCAGCAAAACACCCCGAUCACCAGGCAGUACACAGUGCAUUGCAAGCCAUGAAGACUGUCUGUAGCAACAUCAAUGAAACCAAGAGGCAGAUGGAGAAGCUCGAGGCCCUGGAACAGUUACAGUCUCACAUAGAAGGAUGGGAGGGAUCCAAUCUGACAGACAUUUGCACGCAGCUCCUGCUUCAAGGCACCCUGUUAAAAAUAUCCGCUGGAAAUAUCCAAGAAAGGAUGUUUUUUCUGUUUGACAAUCUUCUUGUCUACUGCAAGAGAAAAUCUAGAGUCGCUGGCAAGAAGUCGACAAAGAGGACCAAGUCGAUCAAUGGAUCCUUGUACAUAUUCCGCGGCAGGAUCAAUACCGAAGUAAUGGAGGUUGAGAACGUGGAGGACGGAACAGCGGACUAUCACAGUAACGGCUACACCGUCACCAACGGAUGGAAAAUCCACAACACUGCGAAAAACAAGUGGUUCGUCUGCAUGGCCAAAACAGCCGACGAGAAGCAGAAGUGGAUGGAUGCGGUUCUGAAAGAGAGAGAGCAGAGAGAGAGUCUGAAGCUCGGGAUGGAGAGAGACGCCUAUGUGAUGAUCGCUGAGAAAGGGGAGAAACUCUAUCACAUGGUGAGCAAGAGAUCCAGCCUCAUCAAAGACCGGAGGAGAAAGUUCACCACCAUCCCCAAAUGCUUUCACGGCAACGAGCUCGUAUCUUGGCUGAUGGAGAACGGAGAGAUCAGCAAAGCAGAAGAAGGGGUCAAUCUGGGCCAAGCUCUGCUGGAGAAUGGGAUCAUCCAUCAUGUUUCAGACAAACAUCAGUUUAAGAACGAGCAAGUCCUCUACCGUUUCCGAUAUGAUGACGGCACUUACAAAGCGAGGAGUGAACUGGAGGACAUCAUGUCAAAGGGCGUGAGGCUCUACUGUCGGCUGCACAGCCUUCUUACUCCAGUGGUCAAAGACCGCGAUUACCACUUGAAAACAUACAAAUCUGUUAUUCCGGGCAGCAAGCUUGUAGAUUGGUUGAUAUCACAGGGGGACUGUCAGACCCGAGAAGAGGCGGUGGCGUUAGGCGUGGGACUCUGCAAUAACGGCUUCAUGCAUCACGUGUUGGAGAAGAGCGAGUUUAAAGACGAGUCGCAGUUCUUUCGCUUUUACGCCGACGAGGAGAUGGAAGGAACCAGCUCUAAAAACAAACAGCUCCGAAAUGACUUCAAGCUCAUUGAAAAUAUCUUGGCAAAGACCCUCUUGAUUUUACCCCAAGAAGAAGAUUAUGGGUUUGACCUGGAGGAAAAAAACAAGGUGAUUGUUGUGAAAUCUGUCCGGAAAGGGUCCUACGCUGAGAUGGCCGGGCUGCAGGUGGGGCGCAAGAUCUACUCCAUCAACGAAGACUUGGUUUUCCUGCGUCCCUUUUCCGAGGUGGAGAUCAUGUUAAACCAGUCGUUUUGCUCGCGGAGACCCAUUCGCAUCCUGGUGGCCACCAAGCAGAAAGAAAUCAUCAAAAUCCCAGAUUCCCCGCAGUCGCUUUGCUUCCAGAUCAGAGGAUCGGCUCCCCCUUAUGUCCACGCUGUCGGAAGAGGUUCCCAGGCAGCUGCCGUCGGUCUUCACCCAGGACAGUGUACUUUGAAAGUGAAUGGGAACAAUGUGAUGCACGAGAGCUACACGGAGGUUCUAGAUCACUUUACAGCAUUUAGAAACAACCCCCAGAACUCCCUGGGCCUGUUCCAGUGGAUCUAUAGAACACAUGAAGAUGCAGAGGAGGAUCGAGCUCAGAAAGCCACGUCGGAUGAAUCUCUGAACGGCAGCCUCUGUGAAGGCCUUGAAUCUAGCCUGUCCCUUGAGCGACGGGAGGGCCCGCAUGAUAACCAACCAGGCGGGAUCCAGAAUGCAUCGUCACCGCCCGGCGAGGAUGUUCCGCUCAUUAAUCUGACGGUGGAGAAUGUUCAGCUGGAGCACGGGGUGGUGUAUGAGUAUGUCAGCACCGCCGGCAUCAAGAGCUACAUCCUAGAGAAAAUCGUGGAACCUCGCGGGUUAUUCUGCAUCGCAGCCAAGAUCCUUCAAGCCUUUGUUGCUGAUGACAACCAGUUUGUGAAGAACUGCAUGAGGCUCAUCUCCAUGAGCAAGACGGUAAUGACCAUGCCGCAGUACGAGUUUCGGCACAUCUGCGACACCAAACUGGAGAACAUCAUCAAGAGGAUCUCAAGCUACGAAGAGUUUGCAGAUGAGCUGAAGAAGAAGGUCAGCCCCACUUUCAAACAAGCUAAGACGGAGCAGCACCCGCUGCAAAGCAUGGAUUUCUGUCCAACCAACUGCCACAUUAACCUCAUGGAAGUCUCCUAUCCCAAGACGACUACCUCAGUGGGAAGGUCUUUCAGCAUCCGAUUUGGGAGGAAAAACUCGUUUUUUGGUUUAGACCCAGACCAAGUCGGCAACUUGAAUCCAAUGUCCUAUUCGCAACACUGUAUCGCUAGCAUGGCAGCUCCCGCUUGGAAGUGUCCCAAACUGGAGGAUUUGGAUAUGAUCAAUGGAGGUUUUCCCCAUAUGAAUGGAGGUGAGAGUCAGGAAGAGCGAGGCCUUAGCUUCCUACUCAAACAAGAGGACACGGAGAUACAAGACGCUUAUCUGCAGCUUUUCAACAAGCUCGAUGUGGCAGUGAAGGAGAUGAAGCAGUACGUCAUGCAGAUCAACAAGCUGCUGUCCACUAUCACAGAACCUCUGGAACAUGACCUGUGUGAGCCGCUCCCAGCAGAGGGGACCCCACCUUCUUCUCUUAUGCAUGAGGAGGGAGACUUGGAUAAAGCAGAGCAAGGAGGAACAAAGAAGGUGUGUUUCAAGGUCUUGGAGGAAGAUCAGGAAGACUCUGGUCAUGAUACUGUGAGUUACAGAGACUCCUACAGUGAAUGCAACAGCAAUCGAGACUCUGUCCUGUCCUACACAAGCGUUCGCAGUAACAGCUCUUACCUGGGAAGUGAUGAGAUGGGAUCAGGAGAUGAGCUGCCUUGUGACAUGAGGAUUCCGUCAGACAAGCAGGACAAAUUGCAUGGCUGUCUGGAGCAUCUCUUUAACCAGGUGGACGCCAUUAUCACUCUGCUAAAAGGCAAAGUCAUGGCAAAGGCCUUUGAGGAGACAAAACAUUUCCCAAUGGAGCACAGUUUGCAAGAAUUUCAGAAAAAGGAGGAAUGGACUAUUAAGUGCCGGAGUAUGAUCCAAAAAAACAUACGAGAAGAUCCCUGGAACUUGCCGAACUCCAUUAAAACGCUAGUCGAGAGCAUCCAGAAAUAUGUGGAAGAUGGGAAAAAUCAGCUUCUUUUGGCCUUACUGAAAUGCACAGAUACAGAGCUGCAGAUCCGGCGGGAUGUAAUUUUCUGCCAAACAUUGGUGGCCGCCAUUUGCACCUUCACCGAGCAGCUGAUGGCGGCGCUUAACUACCGGUAUAACAAUAACGGCGAGUACGAGGAAAACAGCCGGGACGCCAGCCGAAAAUGGCUGGAGCAGAUAGCCGUAACUGGAGUCUUACUCAACUACCAAUCACUACUCUCCCCCAGUGUGAAGGAAGAACGGAUCAUGCUGGAAGAUUUUAAAGUGACGCUUUUAGAACUGGACAAAGUGGUGUUUUAUUUUAAGCAGAUGGAUGAAACACUGGUAGCAAAUACGCCAGUUUUCCAUCACAUUGAAGGGAAUCGCCAGUCGCUGAAGGUCAUAUUUUACCUCGAUAACUACCACUUCUCUAAACUGCCGACUAGGUUCGAACAUGGCGGUAGUCUGAAACUCCAGUCUGUGCUGUUUACAAAAGCUCUGGAAAACCUUGAAGGCCACGUCCAGCCGAGCACUAAUGAGUCUCUGGAGGAGAUGCAGCAGCAAAUCAACAGUAUUUCCAUGGAGAAGGUGCAGAGUUACUACCGCAAACUCAGAGCAUUUUACCUUGAAAAGUCCACAGAUUCCAAUACCACUGCAAUUAAAAUUGACCAGCUGAUCAGGCCCAUGAAUGCCCUGGAUGAGCUCUGCAGGCUCAUGAAAUCCUAUAUCAGUACCAAGCCUCUUCAGUCGGGAUAUUCCAGUGGUUAUGCUCAUGGGGUGGGGCACUUACCCAUCUCCUCGGAGCUCUGCUAUCGGCUUGGUGCCUGCCAGAUUGUAAUGUGUGGGACCGGGAUGCAAAGGAGCACAUUGAGUGUCUCACUGGAGCAAGCGGCAAUCCUUGCCCGAAGUCAUGGGCUGGUCCCUAAAUGUAUUAUGCAGGCAACAGACAUCAUGAGAAAACAAGGCCCACGUGUAGAGAUCUCUGCAAAGAAUUUAAAAGUGAUGGAUCAAAUGCCACAGACAGCCCCUCGGAUCUACAGGUUGUGCCAGCCGCCGGUGGAUGGAGACUUGUGAGCCGGGAGGAGAGGUAUAUCAGUUAUUAGAAUACACGCCGGUGGAGAUGAAGGGACUACUCGGAGCCACAACGCUUCUUUAUCUCAGAAGCUUGGAUCCAGCCUCUCUUUGCUUGUCGAUAAGCUUGGCCUCCCGGGCCCCUGGCACUGACAAGACUGAAUAAUCUCUGGGACAAUGAUCCUGCCAGGGCUUGUGGGCAGCACUAGAAGCCAAUGAAGGAUCCCCGCGGGCAUAAGAAAUUGUGGCUGUAACCGAGGAGGAUUAAAGAGACUCGAGAGACUGUCAUUCCGAUGUUUAUCUCCUACAGCGACCUGCACUUUCUGCCCAACAACCGUCCCAUUCUCUUCUUAAUCUAUUUAUUUUAAACCUUCUUCCAAUCAGCACCAAUCAUCGUUCUUUUAUACCCUGGGUUUUAUGUCUGUAUAGCACCCCCCACCGUGUCCAGUCUUAUCUAAUCAGGAACUCACAUUUUAUCAACAUUUUAUACCUUAAAUUAAAUACAUUAAAUUCAUUUUAAAUAAUUAACACAAAGGAAUAGGGACGUUAAUAAAAAGAGCGUAGCAAACUGGCAGGCCUUAUUGAACUACAGUGGAACCUUAAUUUUAAAUCCCCUGAUUUUAAGUUUUCCCCUCACUUUAAAUUGUUGUUUUGUGGUCCCAUCUAUAUAUUAUACAUAAUACAUUUCCCUGAUUUUUUUUACACCAUUUUUUUCUGAUCCACUGAAAAUGUAAAAUGGGAGUUUUACUGUAUAACUCUAUCAUCAGCUGAGGAUUAUGGGUACAGUAGUCCAGCUGCUUUAUUAUGAUCCCACCCCUUUCCUUAUUUUAAUUCACAUUUAUGAAGGACUGGGUCCCCAGCGAAGUGUUCAAGACCCAACAUAGCAGAAAUAUAUUCAUUGUUUUAAAGUAUUAAUGUACAGAUAUGGGACCUGUUAUCCAGAAUGUUCUACCUGGGGUUUUCCGGAUAAUGGAUCUUUCCUUAAUUUGGAUCUUAACUGUACUAUAAAAUCAUAUAAACAUUAAAUAAACCCAAUAGGCUGAUUUUGCCUCCAAUAAGGAUUAAUUAUAUCUUAGUUGGCAUCAAGUACAAGCGACUGUUUUAUUAGUACAGAGAAAAAGGAAAAUUAUUGUUCAAAUUUUUAAUUAUUUGUAUAAAAUGGUGUCUAUGGGAGACAGCCUUUCUUAAUUCGGACCUUUCUGGAUAACGUGUUUCCGGAUAAUGGAUCUCAUAUCUGUAGGAAGACCUGAUGUUGUUUCCAUACCAACUACAAUAGGGGGAGGGGCAAUCUUGUGCCUCUUGAAGCUGUCACAUUCACGGUAUAAUAAUAAUAAUAUAAUAUACCAGCCUGGGACCCAUCUAAUUAUUCCCUAUAGGCAGAAUAUUAGGUAAAACCUUUGCAAGAACAAUCAUGUUAAAUAAAGAACAUUGUAUGAAUAAUAUCGGAGGGGGAGGGGCUUUCUUUCUGGCCUAUCAAGGAUCAGAAUAAAUAUUCUUGAUGACUAGGAAGCGUUUACAAACCAUUGACUUCACUGUAUAAGAGGGAGAGAGAAUUUUUUUUAGCUCUAAAAAGGGGCACUGCCAUGGGGGCUAUUUGGGUGCAGCAGUUGGGUCGACCAUUGCCAGUAUUAUUUUGUAUAUUGUUCAAGGCGUUUGCCUUAGGAAUUAGUUUGCUAACAGGAGACCUAUGACAUUUCUGUAUAUAUGUAAAUAUUGUAUUCGUUAGAUCAGGGAUAGAGAAACAUGAAGCAUUUCAGCCGUUGCUUAAAAUUGUAGUUCUGCAACGGCUAGAACCAGUGCUUCUGUUCAACUGGUUUGCUGCUCUCGGGACCAGCGAAAAGUUUCCUGCCUGUUUGCCUUUUUUAUUUGGCCCCAAAUGAGUUCUGCUGGCUGGGAGAAAGGUUGAUCAUUAUGGGAUGUAUCCGUUGCAUGGAACUGGUGUAUACUGACAAUGUACAGCAGAAUAUAUAUACUAAAUACUGUCCCUUUCAGCUUCUGCUCUUGCCAACUCCAGGCCGAUCAAUCCCACAUGCAAGUGCGCUAAGAGGUGAACCCCUUAGUGCUCAUUUAGGGAGCACGUCUGUCCAGCUUCUGCGCUCUGCACCCUGCACCCAGGGCCCUAAUGCGACCUGCACCCCCAGAGUUCCUUAACAUGGCGUAAAAGUGCACCCCUUAGUGCUCAUUUAGGGAGCACAUCUGUCCAGCUUCUGCACCUUGCACCCAGGGCCCUAAUGCGACCUGCACCCCCAGAGUUCCUUAACAUGGCAUAAAAGUGCACCCCUUAGUGCUCAUUUAGGGAGCACAUCUGUCCAGCUUCUGCGCUCUACACCUUGCACCAAGGGCCCUAAUGAGACCUGCACCCCCAGAGUUCCUUAACUUGGCGUAAAAGUGCACCCCUUAGUGCUCAUUUAGGGAGCACAUCUGUCCAGCUUCUGCACUCUGCACCUUGCACCCAGGGCCCUAAUGCAACCUGUGCCCCUUAACAUGUACAUCUAAAUGAAGGCAAAUUAGGGGGUAGGGGGAUACCUGCACUCUUCAUAAUGCAAUAAUGCAUCUAUUUAGUCAUGGGGCAGCCGCAGGUCUCUUGGUUGCAUUUUACAGUGCAGAAACCUGCGGCGGUACAUGUAGCACUCAGGGCAAAUUGCACCCAUUGUUUGCACUUUGUACCCUGCCUUGAACCCUUUUGUGUGUCGUUUUAUACACAAGGGCACCCCCGAUUCUCAAAACACCCCUUCCUUGUUGUGAGUGGAACGGGUGGAGCUAUACAAUGAGAACGAGGAUGAUAUAGGAGUUGUAAACGGAUGCUUGGAUUUUCCAUGGAGCUGUUGUACAAGCACAGACAUACAGUAGUUCUAUGCAAUGGGAUGCAGUUCAUGUUUCUCAGGCAGCUUAUGGUGGAUAAAGAGCAGAAUUGUUGCUUGAUAACUCAUGUACAAUGUCUUUACCUGAUGCUGAUGUUUGUGUAUCUCUUACACCCUGCUUUUCUCUUUGGGACCAAUUAUGAAUGCGAAAACCUUUUAACUGCCUUAAUAAAGCGCGGCAUGUCGGCCAUGGGA